CAAUCAGGAGCAGCCACAAUGUGUUUGGAAACAACAUUCCUCUUCUAAAGUCCCGUAUGACAGACGGCAAAGACAUUUAUACACCCACCGUAGCCACAGAGGUUUCUCUUUCGACGAGGAGAUUUACGCCGAAUUUCUUCAUUUUUGUUGACAAUUUAUUUCACAGGAACGUCUCAGUUUCCGACGAGUAUUGUUUUAGCUAAUAACGUCACUUCGAGGUUCAGAUCAAAUGGAUGUUGAAGAUUCUCAGCCAAAUACUAUCAGUCUUCUCAUAAAAACGCCUAACCAGGCUCAGGAGGACCGAAACAUAGAUGGAGUGUACUUGAAUUGGACUGUGGGGGAUUUAAAAACGCAUCUAUCCACUGUAUAUCCAACCAAACCGGCUGUGACUGACCAGAGGCUGAUCUUUGCUGGAAAACUGCUCCCCGAUCAUCUGCACAUUAAAGAUCUAUUCAGACAGGCUGACUCGAUUCCCACACUGCACCUGGUGUGUGCUCAGAGGAGUCCACCCCAAGGACCACUGGGAGCUAGACCUAAGACCAAACAGCCGCAGCUCUCCAGUCCAGGGCCCAUGCCAGCCUCUGCUUCACCGACCCAAACUCCCAGCACUCCAGAGCUGAGACAGAGGAGGCAGACAUCUCCAGGCUCAGCUCCUUCUCCAGCCCACACACAAACCCCAGCAUCACCACCAGGAACUCCUGCAUGGAUUGGUGCUGCAAUGGCUGAAGCACCACAGAUGACCCAGCCGGCCUUUCCCACAUACUCCCUGUACAGUCCUCAACAGCUGCUGUGGCUCCAGCAUGUCUACGCUAGACAAUAUUACAUGCAAUACCAUGCAGCUCUGGCAGCAGCACAAUCAAUUCCCUCCACACCAGUGGCAACCAUUGGCCAGCACCCACCUGUUCCAGCCCACCAGGUACCUGUCCCAGCUCCCAUUGCCAAUCAGAACCCAAUAGACAACCUACCAGCAAACCAGAACCCGGUGCAGGAGGGUGCUUUCAUCAACCCCGGGGAGGCCAACCAGAACAUGCGGAUGAACGCUCAGGGCGGGCCAGUAAUGGAAGAUGAGGAGGACAUGGAACGUGACUGGUUGGACUGGUUGUACUCUGCAGCAAGAUUUGGUGUUCUGCUCAUGAUCGUUUACUUCAACUCCAACCUGAGUCGCUUUCUGCUGGUGAUGAGCACCCUCUUCUUCAUGUACCUACACACAGCUGGCUGGUUUCCCUUCAGAAGGCGAGUUCAGGUUCACGGACCCAAUGAUCUGCAGCCCCCUGAGGUCCAACACAACCAGCAAAAUGAAAACAGGAACCCAAACCUAAAUCCAGCUGACGAUCCAGCAGACAGACAGAUGGAGGAACCUGGAGCUGCAGCUGAAGGGUUAAACGAGCCGGGACAGAUGAUGGCAGUUUUAGUGCCUCCUCACAGAGUGUCGGUCAUGUGGACAGCCUGGGUCUUCUUCAAAACUUUCUUCUCCUCCCUCAUACCCGAGGUUCCUCAGGGUAUGGCUAACUGAGCCCCUGAGACAGACGACUGAUAGAGAUGGCCGCGAACUUGUUCCCUUUUUUCCAGUGAUCCUCAGAUCUUUGAAACGUAUGUGUGUGAAUCACCUGAAGACUAUACUAAAACAAGGACACUGUAUCAAUCUGAGCAAUGACUGCAACCUCCUGAUAGAAUAUGUCAUGAUGCUGCAAGCUCCAACAUGACCGUGAUCCUUCUUGGAGUGAGACACAGGAAAUACCAGCAAAAUGUACUGGCUCUUGUUCUGGUAACAAGAAGUGAAACAUUAUCACAUGUCCAGCUACUUUCUGCAGGUUUUAGCUUUUACUUUGCUUUUAUGCUCCAUCACAAGGCCUUGUCAGACAUGUAGCUGCAUGGAUCCUUUUUUUAUCAGUUGAACAGCAGGGGGCGCCUGUGAGUGAAAAAUUACCUUCAGCUGACACAGUUGAGCUGAGCUAAGUUACUCUUUGUGUGGAGGUUUAUGUACACAGACCUUCUGUUUUCUGUGCCCACUGUAUAGUCUCAGGCUGUCUGAAGGGAUUUGUGAGAUCAUGUGUUUGAUCACAGCUGUAAAAUUAGAGCAGAUGUUUAUCAUUUUAAGAACAAUUUGGUCUCUUAUGUGGAAGCAAAAUUGAGACCAAAAAGAAAUGUUUGACUCAUGGGGAUCAGCUGAGCAUCAACAGUGACUUCACAACAUAUUUUAAGUUUAACAUUUUACUGUUUUCAAUAGGGGAUCACCAGAUGUGCCACAUCAAAUAUUUAACUUUUUUUUUUCUUUUAAAAAAUGCUUCAUAUAAAAAAAGUUAGUUCACAAAACAAUCCACAAAUUUUUAUUUUAAAGGUUACAAAAUGUUCAAUUUUUAUAUAAAAAAUGGAGGAAAGUCACAAACGAAACAUAAUGCUGUACCUCAAGUAUGACUGUUCUGUCCCAGGUCUGUUAAAGGUGGAUUAUCCCUUUUAUUCAGAGGUGAUCUUUGAC